GCCCUUUGAGGCGCUGCCUCCCCCGGGAGAGGAGCGCCCUUGCAGAGGAACCAGCUGCAGGUUUUACAGGUUUUUAUUUAAACAUUCUCCCCAGCGUGACCGCUCAGCAAACACCUCGUGCUUUUCGUGAGGCAGCCAUGGCGAGCAACUAGCAAAAAGCAGAUAAAAAUAGAAAUAAAAGCAAAAAGAUGGAGAAUGAAGCUUCAGAAAAUCCUCCACUGUCUGACAAAACAGAUUUGGCUCCUUCUGAGGACUCGCAGUCCCUUUCCAAGACUGAACCACUGGAAAAGUUUGUAAAUGAGAUCAGCACAGAAAUUAAUAACUUGUUAUCAAAAUAUGCUGACACUAUAAGUGCAAAAAUAGCGUUGGAUUCUUCUUAUGUCCAGGAACUUGAUGAGAUCCUAAAAGAAGCCAGAGCCAUAGAAAAGCACUUACAGCAGAAAAGGGAGAAGCUGAAACAGAGGUUCGCUGUCAUUGUCAAUAGUCUGCAAAGCUAAAUGGAGUUUGUUAUAAAAAUACAGAACUAAAGUUGUGUUUGUGUAUGAAAACAAA